GGGAUGGACGGCAAACAUCACCUCACUUUGAUUCUGGCCACUGAGAUCAACGUUUCAAAUGAUGCACGUAACACGACCAACAAUCAUGCAUUGAUAGACAUCACUUUCUUGUUAUUUGUCUCCCGUCUUUCAAAGUAAUGACCAGUCAGAGGUCUAUCAAAAUGCAAUUGGCGGGUCAUGGCUAUGUCUUUACCCAACAACCAAGACGCCUUUUUGCGAACUGCCUUUACAUGUGCCUGUGCAUGCAGCUUCACCUGCUGCCGCAGGCAAUGGCUGACAACGGCGUCAAGGCCAACGGCGAGGCAGCAAUGGCACCAGGCAUCAGCAAGUCCUGAGCUAUCGGAUUGGAUCCCAUCCCUGCCAAUCCUGUCCUUGGAAGCCAAAAGUCGGCUGUAUUUACUGUGAUUUACUGGCCCUAGAUCUACACUCUAAGCCAGGCUUGUUUUAUCUUCUCUUUCUCCCCUGCUAGGACGUUUUUGAACUUUAAUCAGGCACCUCAUCUAUCGUCAAAUAUGACCCGCCUUCCGCCUCCUCCUCUCAGGCGAUACUCAUCCUCCACCAUUUCAUCAUCCUCUUCCUCCUCCUCCACCCCAUACGCCAGAAGAUCUCGGUUCAGCAUGCUCGAAAACGUUGGCGAAAACAUUUCUGACAUGACAUGGAAAUGGAAGUACAAGCUUCUCCACCGCAAGAAAUCCCCUCUCGAUGAGCCACUUGAUCUUGAGAAAGAGUACAAGGAGGAGGAGCCCGAGGAGAUAAACAACAAAGAUCCGUCGUUUGGUGCCGACACCGUCAUACAAACCCUCUACGAGGGAAAGAACUCGGACCCUGCGAGGAAUGAUUGGGACUGGCAAGACUUCCCACCCAAGCAAGUGUCCAAGGCCAUUGCCAAGGCUCGAGACCGUGUUGCCAUUAAGGUGUACAAGAUCAAGGACAUCCAGAAGGGCGCUAUCUCAAACCGAUACCCUCUCAAGUACCACCAAGUCGAUGUUCAGAAUCCUCUUCUUGUUAGCGCAAUCGAGCCUAUCCUGAAGAAGGAGAACCUCCAUCUCGAUGUCCAUGAUACCGCGGUCUUCAAAGAGCCUUUCCGCCCUCUGUGGUUCUGUCAAGAUGAGAUCCGAGACUUGUAUCGCAAUACCAAGCAGGACGACCCGCUGAAGGGAUAUCUGCAACUGUUCCUCAGAGUUCUUGAUGAGAUCUUCCGCGAUCUCAAGAUCAAGCGACGGAAUUUGCUUGACAAGGAUCUCAUUGACUUCCGAACGGCCUGGACUCUAUUCCCCAGGGACUCUACAGCCUACAGCUAUGGAAUGAACUCCGAGUUCAUUGCAAAGGUGGAUGGUACGGAGUACGACACCAAUGAAGGUGUCAUGCAGCUCGUCCUGACGGCCAAAGUCAUGGCUUUCAAUGGCGAGGAGUUCAUCUGGAGGAAGAAGUCGCUUACGAUCAACGAGUUCGCUGGAAACAAGCCCAUUCGUGACCUUCGCCAUUACCCUUUCGAAAGGCAUCCAGAAAAGGAUGCUAUUGAACAGCGCUUGGUGUCGCGGGGCCGCAAAGUUCUUGACCUACAGGGCUUGACGUACUGCUCAUACAACGGCAUUGCUCUGCACCCGGGAGAAUCUGGCGUUGAAAAGCAUAACGUGGAGUGUCGUAUCCUAGUCGAUGUGGUCGGAUAUAACAAAUACCACCUUGCCCAAGGAAAGCGCGAAAAUAAGGACCCAGAGAUCGAGGUGGUCGAUGUAUCGCGCCGCCGCCGUAGACAGGAUCUCGCCGACGCCAAGCCUGAAGGCAAACACCCCAAGACACAGCAGAAGAGGCUCAAUGAGGAGGAUCAGACCAAGAACAGGGAAGAGCUUCUUCAGAAGCCCAAAGAGCUUGCAUUCAUGACCGAGCUGAUUGGUGGAUACGCCUUGAAAAACAAGCUCUGGGUUUAUUUCUAUGUCGAGGAUCUUGAGCCGAUUGUCUGGAACGAUCAAGCGUACUCCCACCUCGUCUUUGACGAACAGCAAAAGGAUUUAGUGCUGUCGUUCGUUGAGAAUCACAGCCUUGCCAACGGCGCCAAAACGGCUAUGGAAGAUGUAAUUGUCGGCAAGGGCCAAGGUCUCAUCAUGCUUCUGUCUGGUCCUCCUGGAACAGGAAAGACCCUCAUGGCCGAAGCGAUUGCGGAUCGCACCCAUCGUCCUCUCUUCUACUUGCAGGCUGAGGAUCUGGGUAUUAAUGCUGCCGCUCUGGGUGCAAACAUCAAGCGAGUGUUUGAGAUGGCUACGGAGUGGAACGCUGUCAUCCUGCUUGACGAAGCGGACGUCUUCAUGGCAGAGCGUAACCCCAAUGACAUUCAUCGCAAUGAACUUGUCAGCAUCUUUCUUCGCGAGCUCGAGUACUAUCGCGGCAUCAUCUUCCUCACCACCAACCUGUACCAUACCAUUGAUACUGCGUUCCGCAGCCGAGUCAGCUUGCAUCUCCUCUUCAAGUCUCUCACCCGUGAGGCUCGCGAGACCGUUUGGCGCAAGUUCCUCCAACGUCUGCCUGACAGUAACCGCAUCACAGAUGUCACGGACGAAUCUCCUGCCACGGGUUCCACCACGCCUAGGAACGACGGCACAGACGAAGAUGCUGGAGGAGAGAUCACCGCAACCUAUGAAGACAAGCCGCUCGAUGACGAGGACAUUGCAGAAUUGUCACUCUGGCAACUCAAUGGACGAGAGAUCAAGACAGCUGUCAAGAUGGUGCGCAGCUGGUGCGAUCACAAGGGGUAUAUCAUGACGCUGUCGCGGUUGGAGAAUGGUAUCAAGGUAACGAGCCCGCAUUCGAACAAGGAUGGCGAUGUCGAUAAGGAUCUUUACGAGUGAUUUGGUGUUUUCUCUCUUUUGUUUUCAAGAUACCAGUCUGUUUGUUGGUGGUUCUAUUUUGUUGUGAUGUGAUGCUUUAUUACCUUAUAAGUCAAUGAAAAUAUUGCGAUGCUUUAGCACUUUGAUCCCAGAUGAACCAGAAGCAUAUAUGUGAACUUGUUGCUAUUCCAUGUACUCCAUACCAGUGCUUUCCGUAAUACCUUUCCUAACCCAUGUCUGAUCAUUCCAAAUACCAUAAUUUACAAUAAACCUCAAAAACCAGAUGUCCACACUACCAUCCUUUAUCGCCGAAACAAAAGUUUUGCAUGUGUAUGUUAGACAUUAAUUCAGCCCCUUGAUCGCAGUCCUCUUCGGACACCAGUUUGUGCUGCCCUGCCCGUCUUGGUCACGCCUGUAGGAGCAGAACCCUUGACCUUGGUGGCAGUGGCUUUGGCUGCUCCUCGCCCUCGCUUUGCGGCGGGAGCUUCAGCAGCCUUUGAGCUUGGAAGCUCGCCCUUUCCAGCCUUUCCCUUUGCGGGCCGUCCACGAGCCUUGGGCUUCUCUGGUUCAGCCUCAGUCUCGGCCUCGACAGCAGGUUCCGGGGCCUUCUUCGCGGCAGCUCGACCACGAGGCUUGGCAGUAGGCUUUGGUUCUUCAGGUUCGGCGGCCUUGGAGCGAGUAGACUUGCCACGCUUGGGUGUGGGCUCUUCCACAACUUCCUUGGCAGCCUUUGCAGGCCGUUCUGUCUUUCGGCCUGUAGAUUUGCUUGGUUCCUCAACAACUGGCUCCUCGGCUUUGCGUGUUGUACGGCGCUUCUUGGUCGCAGGUUCGGGUGCUUCAACUUCAGGCUCAGGCUCGGGUGCUGUGCGUUUAGAACGGCCACGCUUUGUGGUGGCGGUCUCAGCAAGGACAACUUCAGCGGCCUUGGCUGAAGCAGCUGCGCGUCCUCGCUUCCUGGGGGCCAACUCGGGUCCAGAUGCAGCAUUCUCGGCCAACUUAGUAGCUGUCUUGGCAGCUCCACGCUUCUUUGUAGGUGCAGGCUCAGCUACGGCCUUUUCGACAGCCUUUGAGGCAGCUGCCCUUCCACGUCGUUUGGGAGCCGGUGCUGGUUUUUCCUCUGGGGCAGACUUAGCAACACGGCCACGUCUCUUGGGCGCCGGCUCUUCAGCCACGGUGUCCUCGACAGCUGCAGCGCGACCUCGCUUUCGCGUCUUGGGCUCUGGAGCAGACUCAUCAGCUGCUGGCGCCUCAGCCUUAGUAGCAGGGCGACCACGUUUCUUGGGAGCUUCGGCGGGCGCUUCUUCUUUGGGCGCAGCUGCAGUUCGGCGACCACGUUUUGUGGCAGGUUCUGCUUUCUCAGCUGGAGGGAGAGCAGCAGCAAGCUUUCUUGUAGCUCGGCCUCGCUUGGCUGGAGAGGGAACUGUGCGUGGCUUGACUGUGCGUGUGCUUUUCUUUGUGGCAGGAGCAUCAUCAGUCGAAUCGGCACCUCGCUUUGCCCGAUCAGCACGCUUGGGUGCUUCCACUUCUGGCUCGACUUCUUCUUCCUCUUCUGUUGGUUGAGGAGGGUUCUUCGGUGGUCUGCCACGUGGCUUUGGUGUUGUCGUAGGAGUCGCUGCGGCACGGAGUCCAAUUGCUGUCUUAGGUGUCCGGGCUGUCGUAGCUCUUCGAGGUGUCGUUACAGCCUUGCUAGCGCUGGCAACGCGGCGGCCUCUAGCAGACAAGGGCUUGGAUGCGCUAGGAACAGUGAUUGGAGUGGCAUCCGACUUUCUGGGUCGGCCUCUCUUUGCGGUGCUUGGGGGCGCGGCUGGAGUGGCGACAGCAUUGCUCUUUCGUGGGCGUCCUCGCUUUUGGGGGGUCUGAUCCGCGAGAACACUUGCAGGCAUGGACUUGCGGGUUCGUUUCUGGGCUGACGAAGGAGCGUUCUUAACCACGGGUGAUGCUGGCGCAGAAGCAAUGCUUCGGCGGCCACGAGUCGGCUUUGUAGCAGACCCCGAAGCCUCUUCCACAACCCCUUGUGUGCUUCGUCGGCUCCGCUUUGCAGAUGCUGGCGCAGGCUCUUCAGCUGGCGGCGGUCCGUCCUCAGGCGCAGGAGCUUGGGAAUUGAAUGUUGCCUUUUCAGGCUCUGACAUUGAUUUCAGUUCAACGACUAGGGAGGGAGUGAAACCAGCUCUUUCGGUCUGUUGUUCUAAUUGGGUCGAGGUAGCUCUUCGAUUCUGAGAGUCAUCUGGUUGAGGUGUCGCCACGACUGCAGGAGGUGGCACUGACAUGCGCUUCAUGAUACCUCUGCCAACCGAAAGCAACGCGCUCUUAAGCGAACUAGGUCCUGUGGCAGGGGCUGAGGCGAUCUCUGGUGAUUGGGGUUGAUCUUGUCCUGGGGUUUGUUGGCCAUCAGUGGCCUUGUUGUCGUCGGCGGCUUGCUCGAUGGGUGUCUGAGUGGGUGUUUCCUCAAUGCGAUCGGCUUCACCAUUUGCGGCAACAUUGUCAAGUUCUUGCUGAGAAAGUAAUUCUUCGGGCUCCUUUUCUGAGGACUGGACAAUGGUCUCGGUAUACUCAUGAAUCUCAACGCGUGACUCCUCUACAACUGGCUCAGGAUCAACGCCUGCUCCUGCGGCCCCGUCUUCGGUGGGAUUUGACUGAAUGAUCGAGUUCUCUUGCGUGCGUGCAGCAGAUUCUUGCAGCGGCGAGAAUGGGGCGCGUUCGGGGGAAGUAAUAUGAAGCGUAUCGGUAGGUUCCUCAACGGUAGCGGAUUCUUGUGGCGUAUCAUCUUCGGGAGAUUUAGAAUAACGCGAAGGCUGCUCAGGAAGAGCAGAGACAUCGGGGGACUCGAGGCCGUCGCUGUUGAAGGUUGUAUCGCGCUGCCAGGGCCAGCUAGGAGGAGGACCAGGGCUUAAAGCAGUCGAGGGUGCACCUUCAGGAGCCGGGUUUCGGGGCAUGAAAAGGGGGUUGAAUAAAGGAGAAGCCUCUGGGCGAUAUGAUUCGGCGAAAGAAGCAUCAUCAGCCUCGGGCAUGGUGUUGGGCACACCAGGCGACGAAGAAGCGACAGCGACGCGCUGAGCAAACCCAAGCCAAUUUGAGGAUCCGGAGCCAGAGCCGGAGGGGGGGUCCUGGCCAAAGUUGUAAUCCAUUGCUAAAGGCGAAGCUGUAGAUGGGUCAUUGAUAAGAGAUUGAAUUGUCAAGAAGAGAAAGAAAAUUGAGGUUGAAUUUUGUUUUGUUGUUUACUCGAUUCGCAUGAUGAUGUAUGACCCAAGCCAAAGCUCGUGUUGCGACGCGCUUCGUGAGC